CACACGCACGCAAAACGCGCUGGAGAUCGAGUUUACAAGUAGGUUGUGUGUACACGGUUGGACACUAGCUACUAUGGUACUAAGUAUACGUAGUGUACCUGGGCUUGGCUAGAGAUAGUAUUCGAGCGGUUGCUGCAAUUGCACUGUACCAAGAGGAAGACUUAUUACUAAUUAAAUAAAUUUAUGUUGCUGUUAACCCGUAGGGGUUAAAUUUGACAUUGCAAGAAUCACUGAAUAUUAUUAUUAGUCUGUACAUGUGGUAUUUUCGGUAUGUGAAGUGCAGCAGCGUGUUGGUUGUUACUACAUUUACAUGUAAUACUAUACACUCUAAAUUAAUUACCAUAUUCGCCCGUAAUAACGCUCUGGGCGUAUAGAAAAGAAACCCUUUUUUUCUGGGCGUAUACUAGGGCAUGGGCGUUAUUUUGGUCCUAGGCGUAUGUAUACAUGGUCACUAAAUGUUGUCGUCUGGCCAGUCAUCAUCUAACUAGAUACUUGAAGACAGAAAUACCACAAAUGCUUGCAAUUAUCCAUUUGCAAGAUCUAAGGUACUGGUAUCCAUUCAGCAUCAACAUACACGCAGACACUAACAGUAUACACACGUGGUCGGGCCUGAAGCCCGUCAAGAGCAUCAGGGGCGGUAAUUGCAACGAAGACAUGAGUCUAGCGGCAAGCACUCUCACUCAACAUUGACACCAGCUCAUCAAACGCACACAGACGGAGACGAAUGUUCUGCGGACCCAUUUUGUUUUGUCUGCUCAUACGGGCAUGGGCGUUAUUUCGGUAUGGGCGUUAUUACGGGCGAAUACGGUAUUACUAAUUAGUAGACAAUCUGUUGACAUCACUCAUCACCAUCUAGACGUGAUCGCCUUGAAACACCCACAGCUCUGAUGAGUGGUGCAGUGGUGAUAGAGGAACUACGAAACAGUGAUGUAGAGUACGUAGACGUUUAGUGCUCACGAACAGAAAGUGUGGGGAUGUUACUACAGUACAGUGUAUACAUCUGGGGACGGCAAAGACAGUGCGUACGCAUCUGGCCUCAAUUCUAUGCAUCUGGUGUUUUGCUUUCUGUGGGUUGUGCAAGAGACCUUCUCCGUGGUCAUGACACCGUCUAGUUUGCUGGAAUCUCGGUUGUAAGGUUUGAUGCUAAUAUCCGCGGUGCCUAGUCGUAUAUUUGUGUAGUAGUGUCAAAGGUCGCGGUAAAGAAUACGACAGUUCAUUUCUAGUUCGAUAUUUGCAUAUCCGGAGAGCAUGGUCAGAGAAUGCACUGCGAGCCCUUUGAGCGGAAGUGGGAACAUGACGUUGCCCGGCUAACUCCAGACCGACGGUUUUCUCACCUUGUAAAUAGCUAGUUUGCACAAGCUCAUUGUGUACGUGUUACCCAUCUACUCGACCGUCUGGUGUUACAGACACUUCAGUGUUGCCAACUGUCUGAUACGGAGACUUACAGUGUACUGUAGCGUCGAUGAUCGAGGUCUUGCUAUGACGCACUCUCGGUCUGGUUGCGUCUUCAAUCAACAAGUCACAAGGAAACCUUGGGCAGAUGUAGGGUCUAGGCUACGCAAUCUACACCACCAUUACGUCAUGUGGGGUUUCCCUGUAAUUAUAUUAGUGCCCAUAUCCGCGGUCUGCUUGAUCUCCUCGUGGAAACGUCGGCUAUUUUGAGUCUGGUGGGAUAUACCAAGCCAUUAGCCUGUUUGGAAGUUUAGCGAUUAGCAUAAUUAAUACAUCCUGCCAUGAUGGUAUUUAUGCUGGAGAUUUGGUGCCUGUCAGACAGUUCACUGGUAAAGCAGCUCCACUGACAAUAGGAGAUGAACGUGAUUGGAUUGAAGAUACUGCUCAGUUGCCUUAUUAUCACUACAUCUUGGAUUAGUGCUGCUCCCGUUAUGAAACAAAGCGCCUACAGAUACAAGUACUCACAACUGUUGCUUGUAGAGAAAGAAUCAGACAGUCCACUGAGGACAGAAGAGUUAGAGACAGCAAUAGCUAAUGAUAACUUUCAUUCUCAACUGCAGACAGUUCUUGAUGAUUUCAAGUCCCAAUUACAACUCAUGUUUUCUAGUAACAAGCAAUCGGUUCAACCAAAGGAGAAUGUAGAAGACAAUGAUACUCGUUUACCAGCUGGAACGUCUACAUCUUUACCUCAAAUUAAACGAGCAAUAUUUGGAGGCAGAGACACAAAUUCUCCCAUUCAGGAUACUGAAGGCAAAUCAGUCUGUCAAGAUGAAUGGACUGCGCCCUGGCAGGUCGGACUGAUGCUUUUAACUCCAGAUAACCACACAAAACGUUGUGGUGGUGUGCUAGUUCACAAACGAUGGGUCUUAACAGCAGCACACUGUCUUACCAACAUGACUAUGGUUCUAGCAAUGGUUGGAUCCAAGAACUAUUUUAGUGGAUUUCUUGAGGGCAAGGGCCAAGUUUUUCGUGUGACAAAAACCAUUGUUCAUGAUGAAUACACAGCAAGCAGUGACUCUCAACCACCACAACAUGACAUUGCUCUUCUGGAACUAGAAGCUGACGUUGUACUUGGAUCUGACACUAAUACUGCAGUCAUCCCCAAGCGCAAUACUCCUCUUGUGAACUCUAAUACUGAAAUGGUUAUUACAGGAUGGGGCAUUACCGAAAAAAGCCCAUUGCAGCCAGAGGAGUUGUAUUGUGCUAAAGUUCCUAUUGUUGCAAGAGAAGACUGUGAAGAGGCUUACAAGAAGCAAGGCGUCAACAUUCGCAACAGUCACCUAUGUACUGGUUAUGAAUCUGGUGGUGUAGGUGCCUGUAAUGGCGACAGUGGAGGAGGGUUGAUGCAUGUCGACUCAAACGGAAAGAACACGGUGAUCGGACUCAUUAGCUGGUCAAAGGGAUGUGGUGAACAUUAUACUGUCUACACUGACGUUCAGAAACACAGACCUUGGAUAUUGCGUGAAGUUCCAGAAUUAGGCAAGAAGUAAAUCAGUUCACCACGAACGUCUCUUAUAUGUUACUUUGAAUACAAACUUUUGUAUAUAACAUUAUUUUUGACUUAGUGGUCACAUGCUAUUGUUAUUUCUAUUUGUUUACUAUUGAAUACUGUACAGAUUUGAUUAUUUAAAGAUUUAUAGUAUUUAUUUAUAACUAUAACAUGAUUUACUUUGAUAAAACCUCGCUAAUCUUAUAUCUGAAGUUGUAUGUGCAGCAGUCUAUAUCAGGGAGUGCGGUAUAGCACUCCCUAUGUAGGGAUGCGAAGAAUCUAA